UGCCCCGCCGGCGCCCCAGGUGGGCUGCCCGUGGGCUCCGGGCAUUUAUUUGGACUUGGGCGGGGAAGGAGCCACACCGAGGCUGGGGGUGCCAGCCUCCUGCCCUAACCUUACAGACCUCUCGGCAGCUGGUGGAAAGGGGGCGGAGGAAAACGCAAAGGGAAAAGCAAGAAGUGGAAGGAAAUCCUGAAGUUCCCUCACAUUAGCCAGUGUGAAGACCUCCGGAGGACCAUAGGACGUUCGGAGGGCCGAACUUCAGGCAAAAGAAAACACUGGACGGAAGGCCUGAGGUACAAGGUGGGAUGAUGUGCAACAACUUUGACAGAGACUACUGCAGCUUAUGUGACAAGCAGCCAAUUGGGAGGCUGCUUUUCCGGCAGUUCUGUGAAGCGAGGCCUGGGCUGGAGUGUUACAUUCAGUUUCUGGACUCAGUGGCAGAAUAUGAAGUUACUCCAGAUGAAAAACUGGGAGAAAAAGGGAAGGAAAUUAUGACCAAGUACCUCACCCCUAAGUCCCCAGUUUUCAUCGCCCAAGUCGGUCGGGACCUGGUCUCCCAGACGGAGGAGAAGCUCCUACAGAGGCCCUGCAAAGAGCUCUUCUCGGCCUGUGCACAAUCUGUCCACGACUACCUGCGGGGAGGGCCCUUCCGUGAGUACCUGGACAGCAUGUAUUUUGAUCGCUUUCUCCAGUGGAAGUGGUUGGAAAGGCAACCGAUAACCAAAAACACCUUCAGGCAGUACCGAGUGCUGGGGAAGGGGGGCUUCGGGGAGGUCUGUGCCUGCCAGGUGCGGGCCACGGGGAAGAUGUAUGCCUGCAAGCGCUUGGAAAAGAAGAGGAUCAAGAAGAGGAAAGGGGAGUCCAUGGCCCUCAACGAGAAGCAGAUCCUGGAGAAGGUCAACAGCCCGUUUGUGGUCAACCUGGCCUAUGCCUACGAGACCAAGGAUGCGCUGUGCUUGGUCCUGACCAUCAUGAACGGGGGCGACCUGAAGUUCCACAUCUACAACAUGGGGAACCCCGGCUUCGAGGAGGAGCGGGCCCUGUUCUACGCCGCGGAGAUCCUGUGCGGCCUGGAAGACCUGCACCUGGAGAACACCGUCUACAGGGAUCUGAAACCCGAGAAUAUCCUGCUAGAUGAUUACGGCCACAUUAGGAUCUCCGACCUGGGCCUGGCCGUGAAGAUCCCCGAGGGAGACCUGAUCCGAGGCCGGGUGGGCACCGUCGGCUACAUGGCUCCCGAAGUCCUGAACAACCAGAGGUACGGCCUGAGCCCCGACUACUGGGGUCUGGGCUGCCUCCUCUACGAGAUGAUCGAGGGCCAGUCACCGUUCCGGGGGCGCAAGGAGAAGGUGAAACGGGAGGAGGUGGACCGCCGGGUCCUGGAGACGGAGGAGGUGUACUCCCACAAGUUCUCCGAGGAGGCCAAGUCCAUCUGUAAAAUGCUGCUCACCAAAGACGCGAAGCAGAGGCUGGGCUGUCAGGAGGAGGGGGCCGCGGAGGUCAAGAGGCACCCCUUCUUCAGGAACAUGAACUUCAAGCGCUUGGAAGCCGGGAUGUUGGACCCGCCCUUCAUUCCAGAUCCCCGGGCCGUGUACUGUAAGGACGUGCUGGACAUUGAGCAGUUCUCCACCGUGAAGGGCGUCAACCUGGACCACACGGACGACGACUUCUACUCCAAGUUCUCCACGGGCUCCGUGCCCAUCCCCUGGCAGAACGAGGUCAGCGCUGGGCGGCCGCCUCGCCGCUGGGGAAGGUGCGGGGAGGGCGCAGGGACGGCGGGGUCAGGGUCCCGCGGUCUGCUGGCAUCAUGGGUGGGUCAGAGGGAAGAGGAAGCCAGUUAGACGACUCGAGAAGUUCGG